AUGAAAGCCAUAUUGCAGCGGGUGCUAUCAAGCUCCGUGACCGUCAACGACCAAGUCGUUUCGGCGAUCGGAAAAGGAGUGCUCGUUCUUGCUGCGAUUGGCCCCAAUGACACGAAGAAAGACGCCGAGUCGAUGGCCUCGAAAAUCCUGAAGAUCAAGUUGUGGCCGGACGAGAGCGGCGGCAAUUGGAAGAAAAGCGUGCAGGACAUUGAUGGUGAAGUCCUUUGCGUCUCCCAGUUCACCCUGUUGGCCUCGACAAAGAAGGGCAACAAACCAGACUUCCAUGGCGCUGCCAAACCAGAAGUUGCAAAGGAACUUUACGACUAUUUCCUGUCACGAGUUCGCGAGCUGUAUGGCGCCGACAAGGUCAAAGACGGCGUCUUCCAGGCUAUGAUGCAGGUCAGCCUCGUCAAUGAUGGACCAGUUACUUUGGAGAUUGAUACAAAUCCUGCAAAGAAAGAAUCUGCCACGAGCACUAAGACGAAUACCCCGUCAUCGGCAUCGACACCCGCACAGCAGGAUUGA